AUGACCAAGAGAGGCCCCCGGAUCUGCGCUCCCGCGGCUGACGGCGGCCAUGACGAGGCUGCUCUAGAGCACCCCCUCCCCGGCGGCGAGAGAUUGGCCUCCACGUACAUGGAGUUGACCCCGGUUUUCAGGGAUGGUGCUGCUAGCGUUCAACACCAUGGACGGACGGAUGCUGGGCAGAACCCAGGCCAUGACAAUGCAGGCACAUAUCAAGGAUUCUCGACACCCUCAACUGAAGCUCCAACUCAAUUACUUCCCGUGCUGGACAUUGCUCCAACAUCGUCGUUCCGUCCAUGCUUCGAAUUGAUGGGUUGCCGUUCUGCCGACCUUGCCGGAAUCAAGUCUGCCCGUGCUCCAGCCAAGAUACGUCAUUUCGGGUGCUCGAGCAGUACUAAUUUAUAUUCAUGCUGCUAA